CAAGGUCUGGCAGACCAAGCCUGCAUUAUAGCACCGACCAACCAUGGCGGCCAUCAACCCCGUUCUGGACAAAAAAUCGUCGGAUGGCGAGAAGAGCAUCUCUGCGGUCCCGAAUCCGUCAGUCAUGGGAGUCAUGGGACUGUCGUCCGAUGACGAGGUGGGCGAGGUGCGGCCCGCCGCCGCGAUGGACUACGAGAAACAGAAGGCGGCGGCUGGGGAGGCGCACUUCCACCGACUGGGCUGGAAGCGCCUCACCACUGUGCUGAUCGUGACCGCCGUUGCCCUUGGCAGUCUCAGUCUGCCGGGUGCCUUCGCUUCCCUGGGCAUGGUCGCCGGCGUCAUCAUCACGGUCGGCAUCGGCCUUGUCGCCAUGUACGCCAGCUACGUGGCCGGCCAGAUGAAGCUCAAGUACCCGCACAUCUCGCACUACGCCGACGCCGGGGGGAUGAUGUUCGGCAAAAUCGGGUACGAGGCCGUCAGUGCCAUGUUCGUGCUGCAGCAGGUCUUGACCAUCGGCUCGCACGUGCUGACGGGCGCCAUCAUGUUCGGCAACCUGUCGGACAACGGCGCGUGCACGGUCGUCUUCACCGUCGUCUCGGCCGUCCUGCUCUUCCUGGUCGCCAUCCCGCCGAGCUUCGCUGAGAUGGCCAUCCUCGGCUACAUCGACUUCGCGUCCAUCGUCAUCGCCAUCCUCAUCACCAUCAUCGCCACCGGCGUCCGCGCCGGCGAGUCGGUCGGCGGUGUCGCGUCGGUCGCCUGGAGCGCGUGGCCCAAGGAGGACCUGUCGCUGGCCGAAGCCUUCAUCGCCAUCAGCAACAUCGUGUUCGCAUACAGCUUCGCGAUCUGCCAGUUCAGCUUCAUGGACGAGAUGCACACGCCGCGCGACUACGACAAGGCGGUCAUCACGCUGGGCGUCUUCGAGAUCUUCCUCUACACGCUCACCGGCGCGCUGAUCUACGCCUUCGUCGGCCCGGACGUCGGCUCGCCCGCCCUGCUGUCCGCCGGGCCGCUCGUCUCCAAGGUGGCCUUCGGCAUCGCCAUCCCCGUCAUCUUCAUCUCGGGCAGCAUCAACACGGUCGUCGUGGCCCGCUACAUCCACGGCCGCGUCUUCCGCCGGUCCAUCAUCCGCUUCGUCAACACCCCGCUGGGCUGGGCCACCUGGAUCGGCCUCGACGCUGCCAUCACCCUGCUCGCCUGGGUCAUCGCCAGCGCCAUCCCCUUCUUCUCCGACCUGCUGGCCAUCUGCUCCUCGCUCUUCAUCUCCGGCUUCAGCUUCUACUUCCCCGCCCUCAUGUGGUUCAUGUUCAUCCGGGAGGGCAGCUGGUUCCGUGGCUGGAACCUGGUCCUCUCGGCCGCCAACGCGCUGUCCUUUGCCGUGGGUAUUAUUGUGCUGGGCGUUGGGACCUACGCGAGUAUAUGGGACAUUAUUCAUCGGUAUGCCACUGGUGCGAUCGGGGAGCCGUUUAGCUGUGCGCCUCUCGCUUGAAGGGGUCACCAGCGUCGUCUUCUCCUCUCCAAGUUCCAGGGGUUUGGGAAGUUUGGAAGAGGAAUCGCGGGAUGGACGUGUCAGACCGCCGUUCCGGCAACGGCGACCCGGCCGCUGCAUGACCACCUUGACGACCGAUAGACGUUACAACCUCAUAUCCAGGCGAGCAUGCUUUGGACUAGAAGGCUCGGAGUUGGAUUGUGGAUGUACUUUAUCAGAGCGGGUUCGCUCAGGCGCUGUGGGCGCUGGGUUUCUCUCCACCAUUAGAGCAUAGAAGUUCUGGAUAGACAUAGAUCUCGUCCACAGGUGUUUCACAGAUGUGUUUGUGAGCAUUUUACGGAGCAUCACAGAGGGUCUUGACCAGCCGCCACCAGUGACCCGCAAGGCGAACCGAAGCGGAGACCGGAGGUCCGGCGGAGACCAGGAGGGCUCAUACCCUACCUCUGUACAUACCAGGAUCAAAAGUCCCGCCAAAAAGCAGAGAGAAACCUGCCCAUUAACAGGAUUGAACUGUUGACCUUCGCAUGGACCUUGAUAUAACAGCAAAUUGCUGCUAUAUUAGUACGACGCUCUAACCAGCUGAGCUAAA